UGAGCGCUGACAGCAGGCUGGCCGGAGACCCUCAGCAGCCGCUCUUGUUGCCGCUUCCAGUCCACGUUGUGAGACCGGAUAGAAACUGACACAAGUACGGGAAUUCACUUCUGUAACAAGCAACCAAAAGUGUUUUCUGAAAGCUUUUGGAUACGCUGAGAGCCGAGCCUCCUCCCCCUCCCCGUGCUGAGCGGACUGUCAGUGAAGUGGGACCUGAACCGAGAAGCCGAAACUGAGAGACGUUCGAACGCAUGAAGAGGCCAAGUGACGGGACACCGGUCCUCACUUAGACCUCUCCCACGAUCCACCCCCCCUCCCCAGCCCCUGCAUGGACAUGAGGUCUUUCAGAUCGUUUGCUAAUGACGACCGCCAUGUCAUGGCCAAGCACGCCAGCAUCUACCCGGCACCGGAGGAGCUGGAGGCCGUCCAGAGGCUGGUGUCCACUGUAGAGGGAGCACUCAAGAAAGUCUCUGAUUGGAUGGAUGGACUAAAUAAAUCCUCAGGAAAGCCCUCCAGCAAUAAUGAGGCUGAGGACAUUCAAGUGGAGGCAGACGCUGCUGAGACAAAGCCGGACUACACGCCAGUGCUUUGCGGGAUCACGCGCGUCGGCCUGGUGGCCAAAGGCCUGCUGAUCAAAGGGGACUUGGAUCUGGAACUGGUGCUGAUGUGCAGGGAGAAACCCUCCAAAGUGCUGCUAUACACCAUCAGCGCUAACCUCCCCCUGCAGAUCCAGACAAUGACGGAGGAGAAAUUCGAGGUGCAGUCGUGCGUGCCCGAAGCAGCCAUCCGGGUCAGCAGCACCAAAGACCCUCGACUCACGCUGAAGAUAACCCUCUCUUCCUUAACCAUGAGGGAGGAACACAGCACCGCAGAAAAAGUCUCUCCAGAGGAAGGCCAUCAGGACGACAGAAAGCAGGAGGAGGACAAGAAACAGAAGGAGGAUGAGGAUGAGGAAGUCCUGGACGUGCAGAAGUGCCGGGUUGCGCUGGCUUCACUCCGACACACCAAGUGGUUCCAGGCCAGAGUCACAGAUCUCAAGUCUUGCGUCAUCGUCUUGAGGAUUUUCAGAGACAUGUGCAACAGACUGGCUGGGUGGCAGCCUCUCAAAGGAUGGCCUCUGGAGCUGAUCUGUGAAAAGGCCAUCGCCACGUGUAACCGGCCGCUGGGUCCAGGUGAGGCCCUGCGCCGCGUCAUGGAGUGCAUCGCCUCAGGGAUCCUUCUUCCAGAAGGCCACGGACUGCACGAUCCCUGUGAGAGGGAGCCCACAGACGUCCUGUCUGACCUCAGCGCACAGCAGGCAGACGCUAUCACUCACAGCGCACAGCAUGCGUUACGCCUCCUAGCUUUCGGACAGCUUUACAAGGUCUUGAAUAUGGAUCCUCUCCCCACCAGCAAGCCCUCACCAAAGCUGUUAGAAGGCAGCUGUCAGAAGCGGCACCGGGAGGAUGUCGGGUCAGAUGACAGAGACUUCAUCAAAAGGAUGAAAGUCCUGGACUGGAGGAUGACGGAUCCUAACCACCCCAUGAACGCUCUCAUGCGUCUCAACCAGAUCCACCCGGGCCUCCAGUACCGCCUGCUGUCCCAGUCCGGCCCAGUGCACGCCCCGGUCUUCACCAUGUCUGUGGACAUCCAGGGAACCACUUACCAGGCCACGGGCAACUCCAAGAGGACGACCAAGCUCCAAGUGGCCCUCAAGGCGCUGCAGGCUCUGGGCUUCGUGCUCGGCGGUGACGGAGAUGUGGACUCCCUGAGCGCCGACGAGAAAUCAGAUGGCGAAGGCAAGAUCGAUAGGAUGUCCACCACCUCGAGCUCCACCUCCAUCACCUCCUCCACAGACACACAGGAGUCCAGAGCUCCAGGUCCCAUCCUGACAGCGGGAGGUAAAAACCCUGUGAUGGAGCUGAACGAGAAACGGCGAGGGUUAAAAUACGAGCUGAUAUCAGAGAGCGGCAGCAGCUACGACAAACGCUUCAUCAUAGAGGUGGAGGUGGACAAGCAGGUUUUUCGGGGAACGGGUCCCAAUAAGAAAGUAGCUAAAGCCAGCGCAGCGCUUGCCGCCCUGAACAGCCUGUUCUCCGGCUCCAAAUCUACAAGCAUCAAGAAGAAAAGACCCAACCCUCCUCCAAAGAGACCCGUAGCCUCGAUGCUGACCCUCCCGGCCCUCGCUGCCAGACCUCCAAGUGUCCCCGUCAUCCCCAGAGCCCCCUACAUCAGCACAGCACCCACACAUGGAUACAUCCCCCCGGGUUUUGGGGCUCCUUAUGGUUACAGCCCUGCAGGCGCCCUCCAUCCCUACGGCGGCCUGUACAUCGACAGUGCCUUUUACCAGCCGCAGACCAUAGCCACACCUAUCAUCAUCCACCUGGGCCCUCAGGAUCUUUUCUGACCCAACCGACUCACCGAGGCCAAACUCUGCAUCAGCCUCGGCCUCCCGUUUAACCCCUCGCCCUUUUUAAACUCUGCCAGCGCCUCUCAAUUACUGCAGCGCCACUCCCCGGGGACUCUCCUUCCACACGAGACACGGCAGCAAUAUUGAAAGCAAUAUGGAGGAGACAACACUGCAGGCAACUCUGCAAGUCAAGGUCGGGUUUUAGUGAAGAGGCGAGACUUUGUACGCCAGCUCUCUCAGAAAAUGUCAAUAAAACACAAAGCAAUAAAUCUCCUGCCUUUGGGUAUCUCAACAUGUUCCAAAGCCUCUACAGCAGAAUUCAAACAGACCAUCAACGCCGGCACACCACAAUGUGACCUACUGUAUGUAAAUAUAUUUACUAUCUGUAUAUAUGAAUGUUUGUGAGUUUUGAAUAUAUAUAUAUACACAUGUUGAUAUGUUUGAAUAUGUAAAACCCGCUGACAGGUAAAGAAAGGUAUUUAUAAUAUAUCUCUGAAUGUAAAUACAAAAGUAGCUUUGUAUUUAAAGCAAUGUUAUCUAUGAAUAUUAAUUCAUUUUACAAACUCUAUUACACUAUUGGUAUGCUGGUAUAUAUUCCCUAUUUAUACAUGAUAAAAUAUAGUAAACAAAGAAUUGAUUUUCCUUAAGAGAAAUACUAUUUGACAAUAUCAGGUUUUAAUGAUUUAUUUUCCAACUAAUAAUCUCUUAAAUCGAAGGUUUGUUAGCAGUCAUAAAGUCCACUUAUGUCACACGUCUGUUGGGUUUAAAUCAAGAUCACAGAGGACAAAUAUUAAAGGUCGCAACAUGAUUAAAGGAAGAGGAAAGGAAAACAAAUCUCUAAUAACUUGUUGCUAUGUAGGAGACGGAAAAGGGGUUAUAUCUAGGAUGAUAUAUACUGUAUAUCACCCUAGAUAUUGCUGCAGUUGAAUGGUGACAAAAUAGAGUGGUGCAGUGAUGAUGUAUUGUUCUAGUCCAACCCACAAGUGAGAAUCACUAGGGCCCUCUCGACAAAAACCAAAGGGAUUUUUACAUUUCGGUAAAUCGCUGAAUAUAAGCCCUCUGGCAAACACAAAUUUAUGAUACUUACACAAGUUGUUCAGCAGGAUAAUCUCCACUUAUUAUCACCACCUAAUGAUUUCAGAGCAGUAAAUGCAAUUGCUUGAAGUCAAAAGCUAAAAUAAGGCUAUAAACAAACAACAUCACAGUCGUACGUCACCACCGCUAUCUGAAGGCGGAAUGGUGUCACUGAGAUGACGUUUAGUCAUUUAUUUAGUCACUUGUUAGCAACCGCCAAGUUUAAGACAUAUAGAAGCUUCGUACCUUCAUGAGUGGGGUAUUUACUGCAAAUUUUAAGUCAUAAAACCAAACGUGAAAAUCUCUAUAGCUUGUUUCUAGCACAGACCUGAUUUCAGGCAUCUACUGGAAAAAAUAAACGUUGACUUCAAGACGAGGGACCCAAAAGUGGUCAAAUACUGGCUCAUUUCAGGGUUUUUCUAGGACUUGUUCCGGCACCACUCUAUAACAUCACUUCCUAGUAGGCUAUAGCUUUUUAAAAGCUUGUUUUCAAAGAAUUUAGAUGUCAACUAGUGUUAUUAAAAAAACCUGAAAUUUGGAUAAAUAUUUAAGAAGAACAUAUCCCGUUUGGAAAAAAUGAGUGUUUUAAUGUUUCAAAGUAAUCCAAACCAGGCUACAACAGCGCUAACUAUUAGCACCUCACUGUCCACCAAACCUCUUAGAACUGAGGAAGUGGAACCAGAUGAAAUGACCUGCUAAUAUUUUGGUGUUGCUUUAUUCCUUACUGCAGCCUGACUGAAAGCACAAGUGUUUAAAGCAAUACUUCACUCAGGAACCUUCAAACUAAAUCUGAUCAUGUGAAACAAACAAACGAAAGAAAGGUGCGGGAAAACUGCUCGUUACUGUCGACGAGACGAUGCUAAAACAGAAUGUAAACGCCACCGUGGAUGUUACAAACACCUGAUGUAAUUAUAGUGAAUGUCUCUGGUCGAAUGUAAAAUCACAUUUAAACCCAUUUAACAAGAAUCCAAGUCACAAGAGGAGAUUGUACUAUAUGUUUAUUUCCUUUUCUUUAAAUAAUUAUUCGGUUCAUGGAUUCAUAGGAACACAUUUUGUAAAACACGCUAGACAUUUUUGUUCCAGGAAAAUUGGCCAAACUACAAAUACUAUAAUUUUCUGUCACAAUUAUAAAUGUUUUUAGGGAGAAUAACCAACUGAUCCAGUGAAUCCAGUCCCUAUAAAUUAACAUAUCCUUUGUAAAAUUGUUGGUUCUUGUCUCAUUCAGUAGUUUUGGCAUGUCUAAACUUCCAUACUCCGCUCCAACAGUUUUCUCUGGGAUUAUGUGUGAAAUCAAAGAGGCUUUUAUGAUUUGUAACAGUCGUGCAAAACCUGGAAAUUAAAAAGAAAGUGUAACAAGAAAAGACGAGGCAUGACAGACAUUUGGAGAGAUGUGUUUGGUGUGUGUUCCUGACCUCUUCUACUUCAUCAGUUUUUUUUUCUUUCAGUCAUACUUGGCUGCUGCGUAGCUAAUUACAUCUGAGGGAACAGAGAGAGUGAAAGAAACAAUGGAUUACACACACUGAGAGAAUCAAAUAAAGGCCCAAAACAAGACAUGUGAACCAGCUGCUUGAAUGAGAAAGCUGAAGCAUUUAAUGAGAAAAGAUGUGUUUGUAACUCUACAGGAAGCUUAUUUGGUCUCCAGUAUCCCACUGAUGUCAGCCAAUUCUCACCUCAGUGCUACACCACAUGAAAGCCAUAAGACUGUUACAACAUAGGAGACUGAAAACACAUUUUAAUUUGUCACUGGUUUAAAAAUCCUUCCACUUAUUGUCCUGGUAACAUCCAGUUGUUGCCAGAGGCAUAGCACAGCGGAGGCAGAUCAAAACCCUCCAUCAGUCAAAGUGUUGAUGUUUUUACCUGUAGGUUUAUGACUGGAAUAUCUAUAUAGAUCUAUUAAAUAAACUAACUUCUGCAGCAGUGAGUAUUAUUUAAAGCACUUCAGUCACAUGUUAAAAACCCAUG